UUAAGGAGUUGGAAUAUAAAAAAAAAUCUUUUACUAUUAACGGUAGAUACUGCAAAUAUUUUGAGAAUACCAUAUAAAGGUAUAAAGCCCUCUUUACUCAAACGUAAAAUACGUUUUCAUAUCUUCCCAUUUCCUACCUUAUUAACAUUAAAUAAACCAUAUUAAACCUGAUCUCAUUUUCUUCUUUCCUCGUCUAUAUAUGUCUUUCCAUCUCCUCUCUUUGCGUUGUUCAACUACCCUACUAAACAUAUAUCAUUGCUACUGUGAUAUGUUUGUAAGAAUCUGCUUAAUAUAAUAUUAAAAAUAUAUUAAAGAGAUAUCUUUUAUCGCUUAUAUCUAACCACUUUAAACGAUAGAUAAAAAGAACAAAUUGAGCAUUUUCACUCAAACUUCAAUAAUCUUUUAUUGAAUUAUUCAAAGGGUAUUAUGGCUAGUGAACAAUCAACAAAUCAGGGCGAUGAUAGAGAAGCUUCAUUAUUUGAGUUAAUGGGAUUUCCGGAUAAUAUGAAACUACGAAUUGCCAAUGAAGAAUGGGCCACCAUUUAUCCAGAUAAUAUUUAUAAAGAUCAGCCGUUCCCUUUAAAAGUAAAGAAAACCGACGUGUUAAAAGACUGCUGUUUCGACGUUAUUGAUAAUAUUGCAGUUUCUACAACAGAUAAAGAUAUUUUGGAGAAAUCAGAAGAGAAUCUUGUUAAAUAUUUAACAAAAGUUUGUUUUGAUGAACUUAAAAAAGUUAGGAUAUUGUUCAGAUGGUUAUCAUCUUUAAAACUACCCGAAUUAUCGUUAGAUAAUAAAAUAGAGAAAUCCGUAUCAUACUAUCUCAAUCAAUUAUAUAGAGAAGAAACAGAUUAUAGUACAGUCUUCCAAAGAUUAUGCAGCUUAGCUAAUUUGAAGUGUUUUAUUUGCGAAGGUCGUAUUAGAACAGAUACGGAUUCGAAUAGAAAGAAUGAUGAUAAAUAUAUUAAAAGUAGAUGGAAUGUAGUUCGCAUCAAAGAUAAUUGGUACCUGUGCAAUCCACAAUUUGCCUGUUCUCACGGAGUUAAAUACGAUAAAGCAUGGUGCCUUAUAAAUGAUGAUGGAACAUUGGAGGAGAUGGAAGAAAAAUUUGAUGAAAAAGCUGAAUAUAAAACAUAUUACAAUUACAAUGAUUACUACUUUCUUACCAAUCCGGAGGAGCUUAUUUACACACAUUUACCCGAUAAUCCAAAAUUUCAACUCUUAGCUAGGAAAGUUACUUUUAACGAGUUUGAGGAAAUGGUUUGUCUUAGGCAACCUUUCUUCGACGCUGGCUUAACAAUUAUCUCUCAUCCAAAACGAAUUAUCGAGACAUCUGAUCCAAAACUAGAGAUAUUUAUAGGGACAAAUAGCGAUAUUCCAGUCUCAUUUAGACACCAAAUUUGCCUUUUAAAUGAUAGCAAUUCUGGGGAGAAUUCUACAAUAAAAGCGGAACCAAAUGUUGAUCUACAAUCAUAUGUAACACUAUUCCAAGAUAGGCUCAGAUUUAGGGUCGUUAUUCGAUUGAGACUUCCCAAGAGUGGUAUUUAUAAAUUAGCUAUAUUCCUUCGUAACGAAAAAGAUGAAAUUCUACAACGGAGCGUCUAUAAAAGUGCAUGCGACUAUGAAUUGCAUUAUACAAGAAAGACUGAUGAUGUAAACAUUCACUCAUUCCCAAUAACUGCAAAAACGGAAUUGGGUCCAAAUUCUGAUAUGGAAAAAUUUAAUUUCUCAAAUAUAUCGCCAACAAUUGGUAUGAUAGAUACAGAUGAAGAUGGAUAUGCCGAGAUCAAUUUCGACGGUGAUGAUAAAAUAUUCAAUAUAUUUUCUAAAUUGGAAAACCAACAAAUUGGUUUGGAAGACCUAAAAAAUAGUCUAUUGUCUACUUUCGAGAAUGGUAGAGCUAGUAUUCGUGUAUUCGCUCCGCAAGAAGGUGAAUACGCCCUAAACAUUUACGCAAAGAAGAGAGAUGAAAUUGAUAAGGAAAUGGAUCCAGUUUGUUCAUAUAUUAUCAAUUGUAAAACUAAACCGAAAAGGAAUAUAAAAUUUCCACAUGAAUUUAACAGGAAAAUUGGUAUACAGGAAAAAUUUAUUGAAUUUGGAUUAAGGACUGAAUCGGAUUUUCAAUCAUUUCAAAAACUUAAUAAGAAAUCAACGCAAUUUAAAAUUUAUAAGUCAAAAGCUUGUAAAUUUAAUUUAGAGCUUUUACAUUGGGAUUUGUACGGCGCUGAAAAUAUUAUUAAUAAUUGUGCAUACUGCAAAAACGAAAUGGAUUAUUCAACAAUUUCUAUCAAGUUUCCAUCGCCUGGGAUUUAUAAAUUGACUGUUUUUGUCGAUCAAGUGCCUGACGGAAGUCAACUGUUACCUGUUUACAUUUGCUAUUUUCUUGUAUUAGACGAAAAAGAAGUCAAAAAGAAAGAAGAUGAAUCAUCAAAUAAUUACGACAACAACGAAAAGAAUAGCCCGAGGAAUAGGGAAGAAGAUUGGGAAAGUAAAAUGGAUGAAAUCCUUGGUGUAACAGAUUUUAUGGAAAUGAAUGAAGUUGACGGUGUGUUUAGGGAAGGUGAAAAAGUUGGUUUUACAAAUAACAAAGUAAGUCUAGUGGAAAAAAAAACGACUGAAAAGAAGCCGAAUUUAAAGGAUUCUUGUAGGAAAAACACCGCGGACAAAAGUAAAUCUACUUUAAAUAGAUUGCAAACGGCUUCUCCUGUAAGGAUUAAUUAAGUUCAUCUUUUGUAAAACAACCUCGUUCCUUUAUUUAUACAGUUUCCUUCGUCCAAAACACGAUCAGUUAAAAGUGCUAGAGAUACUUCGCAAAGAGAAACUAGCGCUAAAUCCUCAGUUUCGAGACAAUUAUUCGAUAAAAAUACUGUAAAUAUACCAGAUAAAAGUAGACCUUCAACUGCUAAAGAUUCUUCUGUAAACGUUGCCAAAUUAAAAUCAGACCUUUUAAAGGCAAUUGCCGAAACGAAUUACGAUUUAUUAAAAGAACUUAUAAAAAUGACUUCUGGUAAAGAAUAUAUGAAAGAACUAAGUAAAGAAAUAACAAUUGGAAUGGAAAUGUUACGAACGAUGGAUAAGAUAAAAAGAAUUCAAUUGAAAAUAUUAAAGAUUGAUCCGAGAUGUAUAAGCGAAAUUAGAAAAUAUAGACAACCUCCAGAAAUUGUACACGCAGUUAUGAAAUCGACAUUAUUGAUCUUAGGAAUACCCGAAUCGAAUACUAGCGAAUGGACAAAUUGCCAAAAGUACAUUUCCGUAGUUAGUUCCGAUGGUCUAUUUAGUAAAAUACGAAGUAUAGAAAUACCAAAGGUGAAUGCAGAUGUUAUUUCAAAAGCGGAACAAGUUUUAAAGAAUAUUUCGUUGAACGAAGUAAAGAGAACAAGUGCAGGAGUUGCAGCUUUCUACGUAUGGAAUAAGAGUAAUAUUUAUCAUUAUAAGAGCUUAAGAGUAAAUGAGCUUUGUUAGCAAAAAUAUAUCUACUGCAUACAGUUUCAUCCAAUCGGUUGUACAUAUUGUUAAAGAAACAAAACUUACGUAUUAUCAUUUGAAUGAAUUGAAUCAGUGUUCAAGUUUAUUUAAACUGUUCAAAAGAGAGUGUUUUGUUCCAAAGAAAAUGAAAACCUCUUCAUUCUUUAAUUAAUAUGUCUAAUGAAUUUAAAUAAUGAAAAAUGAAAAUAUACAGUUAAUUUUAAUUAA